AUGAAGUUGACUUGGGCUGCCGCUCUACUGAUCCUUGGCUCCACCGGGGUCACAUCUUUAUCAAUACCAGACACUGCUGCCCUCAUCGACGCAGGAACAGCUUCCGUUGACCAAGUCGUCGACCUUGAGAAGCGACGCGGUGGGGGUGGAGGCGGAGGUCGUGGAGGGAGCAGUGGCGGAAGUAGUGGAGGAAGCAGUGGCGGCCGGACCUCGAGCUCAAGUGGCAGCUCUGGCAGCUCUGGCAGCUCUGGCAGCGGAUCCAGUGGCAGCAGAGGAGGAACAUCGGGGAGUACGAGUUCAAGCAGCAACAGAGGCGGUGUCUCUAGCACAGGCUCCGGCACUCGUCCUCAAUACGGCGGCGGCAGGUAUGUCGGUGGAUCUGCAUCCGAUUGUUAUCAGAUCAGUCCAGCGCUUCAAACCAAGACGUUCAACUCGCAUACUGACGGCUCCAUUAGUUACUAUGCAGGUGGUGCCUCUCGGCCUUACUCGGCAGGCAGCAAAUCCCCUCUGGGUAUCACUCCAUACGUGGCAGGGGGUGCAGCCUUAGGGUUGACCUUUGGCGCCGGGCUAUGGCUGUGGCCUGUCUAUGCCUAUAACUACAAUAAUGACUACCAUUACCAUAACACCGACGAUAACGAAGAUGUAGACUACAAGGUAGUCUGUCUUUGCGAGAAAUAUCAAGAAUGUGGCUGUGACAACAACAAUAACAGCACCUACUAUGACUCGCUCUUCAACGGAACUGCUCCCCACAACACUAGCACAGUCCAAGUCAUUGAUGAAAAGGGUAACCAUACAAUUUACAUCAACGGCACCCUGCCCAAUGGCACAACCGCGGCUGACGGCACUUCGGCCGCAACUGGGGCGAUGACUACCCUGGCACAGUCCAGCGGUUUCUUAGUGGCGGCCAGUAUCGCAUUGGCAUCCGUUUGGAUUGGCAUGUAG